AUGGCGCAGGAACCAACAUACGAGCCGGAAGUCGUAGAAGAUGCGAGGAGAAAGCGUGAGCAUCGAGUUGUUCAGGAAGACACGGCGUUAUGGAGACGACGGAAGGAGGAGCUGCAACGUCAAAAGCACCGCGAGCAACGUGAACUGCAAGAAAUUCUGGCCAAUUAUUCGCCGUGGGGUAAGCCAGGUGGCGGCGCACCCUGCGCGGCCACCCUGAGGAAGAGAAACGUGCUUCUGGAGCCGAUCGAAUCGCCGAGAUGUCGCAGUUUCGGUCAGGGUUGGACGAGCAACUCGACGAUCGACAGACUAUACAAGAGGAACACGGACCCUCCGGCUGUUGUGGACGUGAAUAAAUUCUACGAUGACAGGGCGACACCAGGUAUCGCUUUGGAAACACAAAUGCAAGACCCGAGGAAUCUCUACAAGGAAGAGGUUCAGGUGUAUGAACUUACGGGUGGUGUCGAAUUGGUACCUUUAUUAACCAGCAGGCGCCAUCAGUCGUAUCCGCAGUCCAGCCGAUAUCUCGCCACGGAUGCCACUCGUCCGGGAUACACGAUAGAAUCGCUUCGCGCGCUUGGCGUCGGUAAUCGUGAGUACGUUGCGGAUCUCGCUGAGCAAAUACGACGUAAGCGGGACAGAGCGUUGGAAGAACGGCGGAUCGAACACGAGAGUUGUCGCAGGCACUUCGAUACUUGGAAAAGGCUAUGGGGUAGACCGGGCCAUGGUGCCCCCAUAGAUCACACGCAGCGGAACAAUCUCUACAACAUCCUCCAUCGACCGGCUAUCUAUUGA